CUGGGAAAUGUUUGCUCUGUGAUUACAUUGUCUCAUUCGCUGCCUAUAAAAACUAGAAGAAUGUUCCAGCGUGAAUAAGAUAAGUCAUCCUGAUAGACUUCAGUGCCAAUUGUUGUUAAUUGUUACCUCAUUUUUCUUACUUUAAAAGCCGAAUAGCCACAACAAAUACAACAGAUAUUGCAAAUGAAGUACAAAUUUAUCAAUUUGAUUGGAAACAUGUUGAUUGGAUGGUUUAAAACAGAUUGUCUAAGAAGCUACGUACAUAUGAACCAAUGGAAAAGAGUUAAAUAGGAGGACCAAGAAGUCAAUGGAAGGACCAAUUUUAAUCAUCUGAACUCGGGACGGGCUUGAUAGCACACAAUCCAAGUCAAGGAAGAAGACGAUAAGCAAGGCUACAGGCCUAUGAAAACAUAUAAUUAUUUAACAAUUACUUUUGUAUGUGGAUUAUAUGUGAUAUAUGAGAGUAUGUUCCCACCUUUUUAAUUCUUUAAUUAUAGGUACCUGCUCUCUCCAUCAUCAGGGCAUCAUUGUCCUCAUCCACUCAUUUCCCUGGUGAUGGAAGCAGCAAGCACGUCUGACAGCAGAACAACAUUUUGAGACCCGGAAUCCUGCUCUCUUGGUACAUAACUGGGCUGGAAAACUUGGUGGGGAGUUGUGGCAUCUGGGCGAAUAUGUUACCAGCAGAGAAGAAAUUCAGAAGAACUAUAAGUCUGCCCAGGUAAAUCGAAAAGAUGGGAACUCAUUAGUGAGGGAGAUAGCUAAUGACAUAAAGAAUAUGACAGACCUGAAAAUCAGUGCAGUGAAGCGGAUUAUGGAUUCAGCAGAAGCAACAGCUGUGUCACAACAGGAUGAAGUAGUUACAGAGUAUGAAUACUACAACACUAAGACAUUGAGGCCACCUGGAGAGCCCCUGGAGAAGGGGGCAAAGGAGAUGAUCCUCACGCCCAAUAAACAUUUCUACAAUAUUCCUGUUAACACUAGCCACAGUGCAGUGCACGUGCCUACCAACGUCUAUGAUCAAGCACCAGAUAUCCUGAAGGAUAUAAAAUGGUCAGAAAAUUUGAAUGAGAUUUUUAUAAGGAAUUAUCAGGAUGAUCCUUCAUUGUCAUGGCAGUAUUUUGGCAGUUCUUCAGGAUUCAUGAGACAAUAUCCAGCCAUGCAAUGGAGGAAUGACUCGGUGGAUCUCUACGAUUGUCGGACUCGUUCAUGGUACAUUGAGGCAGCUGCAAGUCCUAAAGAUAUGCUUAUCCUGGUAGACAACUCUGGUUCCAUGACAGGUAUAAGGAAGGAGAUUGCUCGUCAUGUAGUCAGCAACAUCCUUGAUACACUUGGCAACAAUGACUUUGUCAACAUAUUUAACUUCUCGGAAGAGAUUGAUGAGGUUGUGCCAUGUUUCAAGGAUAUGCUGGUUCAGGCAAACCUUGCCAAUGUCCGAGAAUUCAAGCAGGGAAUGAAAGACUUGCACACUGACAAAAUUGCAAAUUUCUCUGCAGUUCUCAGUAAAGCAUUUGAAUUACUGCAACAGUACAGGGAAACAAAGAAGGGGGCAUGUUGUAACCAGGCAAUCAUGCUGAUUACUGAUGGAGUACCAUACAAUUAUAAGGAAAUUUUUGAAGAAUACAAUUGGAAAAAUUUUCCCAAUAUGCCAGUCCGUGUCUUCACUUAUCUGAUUGGUCGAGAAGUUACAGAUGUUCGAGAAGUCAAGUGGAUGGCUUGUGCAAAUCGAGGUUACUAUGUACCGUUAAGUACUCUAGCUGAGGUGCGAGAACAAGUGUUGCACUACAUACCUGUCAUGGCUCGUCCCCUUGUGCUAACAAAAACGGAACAUCCCAUUAACUGGACACCUGUAUAUGCUGAUAUAACAGAUCCUAAAAUGACAGACUGGCUAUGGGAAAAAAGAGUGUGUACAGAACAGAAAGAAAUAUAUGAAACAUACUUUAGAGACAGGUUUCAUAACAACCACAUAAGUAAUGAAGAACAUGAUCGGAGAUACGUUCAGAAGAUAAGAAGGGCAAUGGACAACGAUGAAGAAAGUGAAGAUUAUCAGAAGUAUCAGCUUAUGACCUCUGUCUCAAUGCCUGUUUUUGACCAGAGGGAGAAUGCGAACAUCACUGAACGGAUUCUCAUAAAUGAGGCGAUUUGGGUUGAAAAAAUAAGAGAGACAAAAAUUGCACGUCUGUUGGGUGUGGCAGGCACAGAUGUUCCAAUACAGGACAUCCAGAAGCUGAUGAUGCCACAUAAGUUGGGAGUAAAUGGAUAUGCAUUCAUAAUUACAAACAAUGGGUACAUACUAACACAUCCUGACCUCCGCCCAGUGUUCCAGGGUAUUCUGAAGCCUAGCUACAACAGUGUGGACAUGGCCGAGGUUGAGCUGGUGGAUGAUCACAGAGAAGCGAGGGAUAUAAAUCCAAAACUACGUGAAUUUCGAAGUGACGUUAUUAAUCAAAGUACUGGUGCAACCACCCUGGAAGUCAAGUAUUAUUAUGAUGAUAUGAAACGUGUCUCACAUACAAAGCGCCAUUAUUAUUACACUGGUAUUGAAAACACCCCAUUUACUCUGGUCAUUGCUCUGCCUGAUCACUAUGGCUUGGUUUCUGUCAAUGCACAAGUAGAAAUUCGCCGACAGUAUGCUGAGGGGGUAAAUGUAUCACAGUUUUUCCAAGGAGACAAUUGGAGGAUUCACCCUGAGUGGACAUAUUGCAAAUAUCAUUAUGAUUCAGAACAUGAAUUCCCAACACCUGAAGCAGAAUUUCGUCAUUUUCUUGUGAGAACAGGAAAUCCAAACUGGAAAUGGCUUAGUAAGCGUUCAGUUACCCCACCUGAACACGUCGAACAGUCUAACACAUCUGGGGGAAAAUCAGAAAAAUUGGACAAGGACUCAUAUUUCUGUGACCGUGAACUAUUUCUUUCUUUGAUAUUUGAUGGUAGAGCAACAGAAUGGUUUUCUAAUAGAAACAUGAGUUCCAAUCAAGAUUCAAAGAAGGAGUUUCAGCAGAGGUUUGGUGUCACAAUAGCAUUUGUUGCAACUCAUAGUGGACUCACAAGAUGGCAGGAAUUCCCUGGGGAAGAGAACAGAGGGCAACCGCGUUUUGGUGAUGUCCACAACAGAGCUUUAGAUGAGAUAUGGUACAAGCGAGCUGUUGAGCAGCACUAUGUGGAUGAGGAAAGUUUUGUGUACUCUGUGCCAUUCGAUGAUGGAGAAGGUUACAGGAAUGAGACACUGGUAACGGCUAGUCAUGCCAUUUUCAGCCAUAAGGCCCAACCUGAUAAUAAGAUGUACAGGUCCCCAGUGGCUGUGGUGGGGUUUCAGUUUAGACACAUGUCACUACAUGCACUAUUCAAGAACAUCACCAGCACUUGCGAUAGUUGCCGCUUGACAUGUGACUCUGAUGAGCUGGAAUGUUAUGUGCUAGACAACAACGGCUACAUCAUUGUGUCAGAGUCACUCAGGGACACAGGGAAGUUCUUUGGGGAAGUUCAAGGCAAUAUUAUGGAAAUGAUGGUUGAAGAGGGCCUGUACAAGAGAAUUCAUAUGUUUGACUAUCAAGCUGUUUGCUUCAGAGAGGAUGCCACAAAGAGUAAAGCACCGUUCCUUAUUACGCCACUGACGCAUCUGAAGUGGAUGUUGGAGUGGUUUAUUGGUAACAUUGUAUGGCUACUUGUAGAAAGUAACUUCAAAUUUCUAUGGCACUUAAGUUGGGCAUUUGCUUCAGAAGAUGAUUAUCAUGAUGGCUUUGACAUACCCACUGACAUUACAUUUGUGGAGAUAUUAGAAGAACAAAAUAUGAAGCCUACAGAACCGCCAUAUGAGAAACUGCAGAUUAACAGGACGCGUCCUGAGCCGUGUGAUAAGGAGGUGGACUUGUACCAGUUGCAGUCUCACAGUGACCAAGUAUUCAGCAAAAGAGCAGAUGAAGGGUGUGUCAGGCCAUUUGUUGUUCAGAAAAUAAGUUUUAGUAACAUGAUUCUGGUAGUGGUGGAUACAUUGUGUACAUUCCCAGAAGAAAAAAAACUCAGCAUAACACCAGAUGAAGUCCGAUACAAUAGUAGUUUGGCAUGUUUUAAGGUGCACUCUGAUCUCCCCCAGAAAAGACCUACUUCCUGCAUAAAACAGCAUCCUAAGGAGCAAGAGAUUGAGCUGUGUGGGCACAGUUCACGGGUUGAAGUUAGCGUCCUGCCAUUUCUGCUCUGCUGGCUCGUAACUUUCCUCCUUGGCACUGAACACUAGCCACGUCUUGGAGCAGGCAGCGAAACAGUGACUGUGAUACAUAGAAGUACUAUGUCUAACUGUGCAUCCAUGUGCAGUACUGGCCAUUUAUAUUUUUUAAAGAUGUGAAGAAGUGAUUGCUGAGGUGUUGUUCUUUAUGUCCAUUUCUAAUAAAUCAGCAGUUAAUCCUAAAGUAUAUGUUUAUAUAAUGUCUUUAUAACAAUGUUUGUCGAAACUUGUUGAAUGAAACUUAUCUUCAUUGCAAUCAGGUAUACAAGAUCUUUCACAGUCAAUAUAUGUUUUCUAUAUUUGGUAUACUGGGCUGAGAUACUGUGUAUUCUUAUGGGUAGUUCCCAACAUUUUAGAGUCGAUGUUCCUCUGGAACGUUGGUAAUCAUCUACAAGAUUACAUGACAUCACAAACCAGAAAACCAGGACUGACCUUCACUAAUGUGAGAAUCUCAAAUCGCAUAAUGUUUUGAUGUCACUGUUGCACAUGAAAUGAAGUUGUAAGAAUAAAUCUGAGUUUUUUAAAAAGCCUCUCCACACAUAGGAACAGAAUGGUUGGCUAUUCUGUGACAUGCAUAUUGGGCUAAAUUCAAGAAGUUUUAUCUGUGCAACUCCCAGGACUUUUCAGGCAUCUGGGAAGUAACAUGAAAAUUGGGACAAAUGAAUAUAUAAUUUCACAUAGUCCAUGCUAUCACCAUGAUAGUUUGAUGUGCUACGCUUGAUUGUGGAGAAAUGCAUUGGAAAAAUAAUUUUAAUUUAUAGAUUGUACAAUUUAUUUAUUUAUUUUGACUUUUCAUCUGUAGAUGUCCAUGAUUUACAUCAACUAAGAAUACUUUUCUAUACCGCUACAAAACUAAUUCAGUGAGUGUGGUAAACAAAGUAUUAGAUCAUUCUGUUUUGUUAAUAUAAAUUGAAAGUACAUUAUUAUUAAGUUAUACUUUUUAUCUUAUUGAUAAAAACUGGUUGCAUUGUGAGCAUAAGGUAAGAUUUUGAAAUGUAAGUUGUUCAAAGAUUCAUGUGUAAUCAAAAAGUUGUGAUAUCCUAUAAGAUUAAGCUAUUGUCCAGAAUACAUAACUUUCUAUUUGUAUAGAA